AUGUGGCACUAUGUCUCUACCCAAGGAUGGGCUACAAGCAUGCUUGCACUAGCUACAUGUUUUUCAUGGUUACCUACCAGCAUUGCUACCACCCUUGUCCCUUUUGCUCCCAAGCUUUCAUUCCUUUACACGGCAUUUGUAGAGUGUGAUCCUAAUCUCAUGGAUACCUCUGUUGGACCCCAUGGCAUUCGCAAGUCAAUUCCUAUUGUUGGUGGGAAUUUUAGCGGCCCUCAUCUUUCGGGCAAGAUUCUCGAUGUAGGAGCUGAUUGGGGACUCGUUGAUCCCCAAACCAAUGUCUUUUCCGCUGAUACUCGGUAUAAUUUCCGUACUGACGAUGGUGCCGACAUCUUCCUCCAAACUGCUGGCCCUAAGGCUCCUGAUGGUCAUUUGCAUCUGCGUAUUAUCUUUGAAACUGGAAGUCCUAAGUAUUAUUGGCUGAACAAUGUUGUUGCUAUUGGCAUUCUGACAUCGAAUCUGCCAACUAACAAAAAUAUAAGCUUGUUGCGGAUUGAUGCCUGGAAUUUUGCGUCCGAUUGGAAUUCCACUCAAUUCAUGAAUGCCACUUUUGCGUGA